AUGUCUUCUGCCUUGGCAAAACCCCAGAUGCGGGGCCUGCUUCGUGGCUAUGGUGCUGCGGCCUUCUACAAGUUUGGCGUGGCUGAACGAAGAAAGAAGGCAUAUGCAGAUUUCUACAGAAAUUAUGAUUCUAUGAAAGAUUUUGAGGAAAUGAGGAAGGCUGGUAUCUUUCAGAGUGCAAAGUGAUUUUGGAACAGAAAGAAUCGUCUGUUGACUUCUAUGGAAGCUUGUCAUAGGCCUGUUUCCCCUGACAAUGAAACAUGAAUAUUUAAGCUAA